GACGUCGUUCGCCGACCUAUCAGAAGACGUGCUUCUGCACCUGCUUGCUCGCCCAUCUUCCGGUGGCCCGAGCCGCGAGCUUUCCCCGGAAGACCUCGCACGGCUCGAGGCGGUCUGCUACGCCCUCCGCCGCCCGCUCCUGCUCCCCCCGAACCGCCGCCACUCCGUCGUCGAAACAUCCGCGCGCGCGAGAUGCUUGCGCCACCCGCUGCUCGCGCGGGUCCCCGCGGAGCUGCUGCGCGCAAUGGCGGCGCAGCGGUGCGGCGGAAGCUGGCUGCGCGUGCUGCGUUUCGCGUGGGCGGUGGAGGAGGCCUGGGGGUUGCGGCGGGGAAGUGAUUCGGAAGUGGAGGUCGGAGGGGGGAGGGGAAGCGCGGAUGUGACGCGGCGGAAGCCGCCUUGCUCGCCGCGGAUUGGGCGGCGGCGGCGGAAGGGGAAGAUGAGGCCAGCCUGGGGAGGGAGGGAGGUCGCCGCGGCCCGGGAUUAACAGCCGCUGUUUACGCGGGCGAUUACUGCUCGUUCCAGAUAAAGACUAGCGGCGAGCUGUGGGUGUACGGAUCAGGCACGCGCGACGGCACCCCACAAUUCGCCCCCCCGCGUACCGCGCCAACUCACCCAGCACCAGUCGUCCCAACCCCCGCCCCGAAUCAGCCUCCCCCGAAUCAACCCGCCCCCGCGACUGUCGAGCCGCCCCAGGCGGCUCAAGGUUGGGCGGCUGCCGCCAGCAGCGCCCUGGCCGCCGGCCUGGCUGCUGUGCGUCUCGGAGCCAGCACCGCAGGCUCGGGCAGUGCCGCAGCGAUAGGCUCGGCAGUAGGCUCGGAGAGGCUGAAUGGGCGCACGAUGCAGCAAGCGCAGCAG